GUAAAAUUUACAAUAAAAGGGGGACGGGGGUUAAAUCCGAGGUACGGUCUCCAGCGCCGAGCGCCCGUCGCCAUGCCUCGGAAAAUUGAGGAAAUCAAGGACUUCCUGCUCACGGCCCGGCGGAAGGAUGCCAAAUCUGUCAAGAUCAAGAAGAACAAGGAUAAUGUAAAGUUCAAGGUUCGCUGCAGCAGGUACCUUUACACCCUGGUCAUCACAGACAAGGAGAAAGCCGAGAAGCUGAAACAGUCCCUGCCCCCUGGCUUGGCAGUAAAGGAGCUGAAAUGAAGCAGACCUCUGUGUUUGACUAUUAAAAACUAAAAAAUCGUAAAAAAA